AUGACAAAUGGCGGUGGUGCGGCCGCUGCAAUUGCACCACCACGUUUUCAUCAUCGUCCCAUGGUAAAUUAUUUACAAGAGCCGGUGGGCGAAAGGAUUCUACGUUCAAUGCCAUGUGGUCAUUUGAAUGGUGAUCGUAUUGCGAAUGGUGAAAUUGUACGUCUAUCCGAAUUUCCAUGGAUGGUAUUGUUGGAAUCGAAGGGUAGCAAAAAGACGCGACAACGUUUCCGAUGUGCCGGUACCUUGAUAACCAAUCAAUAUGUCCUGACCGCCGGGCAUUGUGUGGAGGCAAGGAAUGAAGUCUUCUCCGUUCGCCUGGGUGAACAUAACCUCAAAACGGAACGUGACUGUGAAAAUCGCAAAUCCAGCCGUAAAUGGAAUUGUGCCCCUCCGCAUGAAGAUGUGAAAAUCGAAAAUGUCAUUCUACAUCCAAAUUACAAAUUACAUCCCAUACAAAAUGAUAUAGCCCUGAUACGCCUACAGAGACCUGUGGAAUUUAAUACCCACAUUAAGCCCAUAUGUUUGCCAUUGGAUCCACACGUUAAGCCACAAAUACAAUCCGAACAAAUUGUGGCCGGUUGGGGUGUGACAGAGAAAGGUUCUGCCUCGGACAUCCUGCUCAAGGCUCCCAUAGUUCUAAAAAAUCUUGACAUUUGUCAACGUGUUUAUCGUCAGAAUCCCAUAACGGCGGAACAAUUCCUGUGUGCCGGAGGUGGCUUGGAUAAACGUGGCACAUGUCGUGCCGAUUCUGGAGGACCCCUUUUUGCUGCCAUCCCCUAUGAACACAACCAUCUACGCUAUGUCCAAUUUGGUAUAACAUCCGGUGGUGGUUAUGGCUGUGGUGGCCAAAAUAACUAUCCCGGCAUUUAUACAAAUAUUCGCAGUUAUAUAACUUGGAUAAUUAGUAACAUAUUUUAA